AUGUUUUAUAGUUUACAUAAAGAGGAUUUUUCACGGUUGCUGCAAGAGCAAAAAAUUGCAAUCGAACAAACCGAUGAAAAUAUCCGAAAGUUUCAAAAGUUUAAGCAAGAAUACAACGAACUUAAGACCAAAUUAAACGAUGUUUCCAAGUGCUUUACUAAGCCAUACUAUGCACCAUUUACCAAGCGCGCUAUCGUCAAAUCUUAUUUGGUCCACACGAAUGAGGUCCUUGUUUUCCUUGGUGGCCAUGGGAACAACUUUGCUGAAGUGUCAACCUUUGAAGCUAGUCACAUCAUUGAUAUGCGUAUCAAUAGGUUGAAUUCACAUCUGGAACAAUUGAAAAGCCAGUUAGCUUUACUCAAAGAUAGAGAGAGAGUGACCUUAGAAAUAUCAAGAGGCCUGACCCCCACAUUUAACCCGGAGCAUAAAUCAAACCCAGAUGAAGUUGAAAUCCAUGAAAAGUAUGAUUCAGAAGCCGAAAUUUAUUGGGAGGCCAAACACAAGGAACAAAAACACAGAGAACGUGAGAUUAAAGCACGAAUAGGAACUCCUGACAUAUCGAGCGAUAGUGAUUCAAUUGAUGGAUCCAGUGAUUCUUCCUCAGAUCCUACGUCUGAUGAAUCCGAAUUUCCAUCAAUACAUAAGACUAUAUAUUUUACUCAUUCGAAUAUUUUACCCCAGAUCCGUAGAGAUUACCCUAACCCAUGGACUAUGACUCCUGGCGAAGCGGCAGAUGCUUGUCUUAAAGGUCCCAAAUCAUGUGAACCGUCUGAAUCUUUGCCCAUAUCGGAUAUAGUUGAGCAUCAUGGCUCGGGAUUCAAUUAUGAUUCUCGUAAUGCCGCAGCUUCCUCCAGGUCUAUGCAAUCAUUCUCUUGCACCAGUGGUAAUAUUUUAAAACUUCAUCAACACGAUCAGUCGGCUGCAAGGUUUAAAUUAUGUAUGCCAACUGUAACCAGCUUUAGACGAUUUCGAAAUGAGAUUGCUAGGGGGCGCUGCGAAAAUAUUGAUGAUAAGGCUCAAGAGUCGCGUGCAACAAUUUGCAAAAGAUGGAGAAGGUUGGAUUGUUAA